UCUUCUGAUGGAGCAAACAAACCCUUGGGAAGCACAGGGGAUCCCGACCAUCACCCAUACUCCGCAAGUUUUGUCGUCGUCUUCGUCGCGGGCCGAGAGGUCCCUGUCCGCCUCGGAUAAGAAACUCAAGAAGCAAAUCCAACCACGCCAACUGCUGAGUUGCACUAAAUGUCGAGAACGCAAAUGUGACCGCACAAAACCAUGCUCUGCUUGUUGUGCCAGGGGCCUUCCCAAAGAAUGCCACUUUGUCCUUGGAGAGGGCGCCGAUUUUGGACCUAUCCAACAGUCCCUUGAACUUCGAAGACUGCGGGCUGAGAACCAACGACUCAAGGAGCGUCUCUUGGCCGAGAGGUCUUCGCUGUCGGAAGACAGUGAAACUGAGGAAGGUACUGCAAAUGCCAGAACAAAUUCCAUUGCAAGACAGGUGAACCGUCAGCGACGACUUCGCGCGAGCGAGCAGAUUGACAGCAUCUAUUUUGGAUCUCCAGGAUUGGCGAGUGUCAUAGCUGAUGUGGAACCAAAAUCACUUUCACACGCGAUGCCCCGAGCGGCAGACAUGUAUGCUACUCAAGACGCCAUGUAUCCUUUCCCGACACUCUGGCCUGCCAUGUCGCGUACUCACGGUUUGCUACAAUGUCUGCCAUCGCGUGAUCAGCUCUACCACUACCUUGACGUCUUUAGCCAAAAAGCUCGAGGUUUCGCCUUCCCUUAUGUACCUGAAGACCUGUCGCAGAAGGAAGUCGAGCGUUUCCUCGAGAAGGCUGAAGAGAAUGCUGAGAAGGUUCCGGAUCUGCUCGCACUCAUUUUUGCAGCGCUAGCUUUGGGCGUGCAGCUGGACACAUUCGGAAGUCGCAAGGACGCAGAACCUGGCGUCACCCAAACCAGCAGUCGCAAGGGCGAAAUAUUUUCAAUGCAAGCUCUUCGUCUAGCAUCUUUCACCAGUCGUCCCACCCUGAGAGGUAUCAAAGCCUUGAUUAUGCUCGCCCCUUACUUGACAAACAGUGGACGAUUCCUCGAUGCUUGGUCCCUUUCGGGCCUCACGAUCCGCUUGGCUCACUCUAUCGGUUUGCAUCGCAAUCCUCGCUACCUGGACCCAGCGCCAUCGCUCCGGGAGUCUGCAGUGCGCAAAAACCUGUGGUGGUGGCUACUGCACAUGGAUCAGGAGUACUCGAUGACUCUUGGUCGGCCGUUAGGCAUCUCUGGGAUUGGAGACUGCCCUCCACCCGACCCUCUCACCACAGAUCCAGUGGCACUACGACUGAACGAGUUCUUUGACCAACUCACGAUUCACGGGCGACAGAUACUGAGCAGUAAUCAACUCACAGACUCAAAGAUUGAUAUGUACACCGAUCGUCUUAUUGCUCUGUGGGAUACGAUGCCAGACUCUCUGCAGUUCAACAGGACCUGGAUCGAAGAGGAAACAGAGAUCCCCGAAUGGCCACUGGAGACAAGAGCAGCGAGCUACCGACCGCGCUCUCCAAGAUUUACUCAUCUCGGCGCUGUCCCCGACUUUCCUGUGCAACCAACAUCACAUACCCCCUCACCCGUUCCCGUGGUGCCGCGAGGUAGGCCGUUAGUGAUCGAGUCUUGUCUGGCACUACUGGACGCCUUCCAAUUCUUCUACAAACGCGUACCGUCUGCGCUCGUCGAUUGGACCAUUGGCCAACAAGCUUUCAACGCUUGCAUGAUCCUGUUGCUCGAUGGCCUCGACUGCGGAAGUAUUGAACAUGUUGGAAGAGUAGAAAAAGCAUACGCGAUAUUUGUGGAAAUGGACAAAGCGGAAAUGCACCAGCUUACAGGAUUGGCCAUGUCUCAGAUCACAGACGGGCUCAAACUGCUGAGACAACAAUCUGAGACACGCAAACAGUCGAUGAACGAACAUGCCAUAUCACCUAUGAGUGUACCGCAAAGUCACGAGGGAGUCUCUGAGAACCCUUUCGAUCUGAGUAUGGGUCAACAGCUACGCAGCCGUGACUUCUUGCACGAGUCUGUCAUGGGAGCGACCGGCAUGUUCCUUCUCGAAGAUCCAGGUCUCCAAACCAGCGCCGCUCGACGCAAAGGGCCACCCUCUGCUGGCGGUCUACUUACUCCUGAAGUUGCAGUCGUGCCUUCUCCCGAACCAUCAAGCUUUAAAGGUGGUUUGAUGCCUCACCCAGCACUGCUGGAUCCACGACGAGACUCUGCACAUCCUCUGCUGUACACUCCCGCCUAUCAUCUUGCCCCGAUGCCAGCCGUACCUACCCACUAUCAUCAACUCAUACCUCAGCAUUUGACAGAGAUGCAACCUAUGCCAGCUUGGAACCAUGGCGAGGAUUGGCAAUCCAAUGGUCAACAAUAUCAACAACCCCAACAGACACUUUACACACAACAACUGGUACGAGGGGGAGGACAUCACGGAUCCUUACAGCAGCGAAACCAACAACAG